AUGUCAAUGAGACCGCCCAUUAAUUGUUUGUUUGACAAUUUGCAACAACAAUCUAUAGUAACUUUUUGGUUAUUUGAACAAUUGAAUUUCAGAAUAAGAGGUAAAAUAGCCGGAUUUGAUGAGUUUAUGAAUGUGGUAAUUGUUAAUGCCGAAGAAAUACCUAUAGAUAAAGAAACUGGCAAAGAAAUAAUUACAAAGGCCAAAAAAUUGGGCAGGAUAUUGUUAAAAGGUGAUAAUAUAACGUUAAUAACAACUAAUAAUGAUACUGUCAAAGAAUCUCAACCAACGGAUAAAAUAAUACAAAAACCAAAAGAUACUACUAAUAAAAUGGUAGGCACAUUGGAAGGGUAA